CCCCCCCCCGGCUCUGGGCGAGCCAGACACGGUUUGCCCAGUGCAGAGAGAGGGGCUCCGUGUUCCGCCUCCGUGGAGUAUUUGGGAUUGGAGAGACACACGCGCGCACACACACACGCACACAGAGACCAUCUGCAGUGUCAAUGCGGCGCCUGCUCUGAAGACUGAAGUGGGGGGAAAGGAGAGGAGAGAAAAAUUAUAUAUAUAUAUAUAAAUAUAUAUAUAUACACACCAAAACCCACCCAAAGCAAGCGAGGAGCGUUCCCAGGACAGAAUCUGCCAAGGAAUUGGUGUUUUGAAGAGUUUUACAGCGUCUAAUCCUCGUUGCCUUGGGAAUACAAACCUCUCUAAUCAUGUCGCCGGCCAUGUGGAAAUGGACUUGCCUGGUUUCUCACCUCCUGCUGUCCACCACAGUGUCACCUCUUGGCAGACAGCAGCCACCCCAUCCAAAGAGGCCCUUCAUCACCUUCACCGGGGAACAAGCAGAGGGAAACUUCAACCACUUGGUGGUGGACGAAAGAACUGGGCACAUUUACUUGGGGGCUGUCAACAGGAUCUACAAACUCUCCAGUGACCUGAAGGUCCUGGUGACCCACGAGACUGGUCCUGAUGAUGACAAUCCCAAGUGCUAUCCUCCCAGGAUAGUCCAAACCUGCAACGAACCCUUGACGCCCACCAACAACAUAAACAAAAUGCUCCUCAUAGACUACAAGGAGAAUCGGUUGAUAGCCUGUGGGAGUCUGUACCAGGGCAUCUGCAAACUCCUGAGGCUGGAUGACCUCUUCAAGCUCGGAGAGCCCUUCCACAAGAAGGAGCAUUACCUCUCUGGGGUGAACGAGAGUGGCUCUGUUUUUGGAGUCAUUGUUUCUUACAGCAACAUGGAUGACAAGCUGUUCAUCGCCACGGCCGUGGAUGGCAAACCGGAGUAUUUCCCCACCAUCUCCAGCAGAAAGCUCACCAAGAACUCCGAGGCUGAUGGGAUGUUUGCCUAUGUCUUUCACGAUGAGUUUGUGGCCUCUAUGAUCAAGAUCCCCUCAGAUACCUUUACCAUCAUCCCCGACUUCGACAUCUACUACAUCUACGGCUUCAGCAGCGGGAACUUUGUCUACUUCCUGACUCUGCAGCCUGAGAUGAUCUCCCCACCCGGCUCCACCACAAAGGAGCAGGUUUAUACCUCCAAGCUGGUGCGGCUUUGUAAGGAGGACACGGCCUUUAACUCCUAUGUGGAGGUGCCCAUUGGCUGUGAGAAGAACGGGGUGGAAUACCGGUUGCUCCAGGCUGCCUACUUGUCCAAGGCUGGAGCCAUCCUGGCCAGGUCUCUGGGCGUUGGCCCUGAGGAUGAUAUCCUCUUCACGGUCUUCUCCAAGGGGCAGAAAAGGAAGAUGAAGUCCUUGGAUGAGUCUGCUCUUUGCAUCUUUGUCCUGAAAAACAUCAACGACCGCAUCAAGGACAGGCUUCAGUCCUGCUACAGGGGAGAGGGGACAUUAGAUCUGGCCUGGCUCAAGGUCAAGGACAUUCCCUGUAGCAGCGCGCUGUUAACAAUUGAUGACAAUUUCUGUGGCCUGGAUAUGAAUGCCCCCUUGGGAGUAUCAUCCAUGGUGCGAGGGCUCCCCAUUUUCACCGAGGAUGGGGACAGGAUGACCUCGGUGAUCGCCUACGUCUACAAGAACCACUCCCUGGCUUUUGUGGGCACCAAGAGUGGGAAGCUCAAGAAGAUCCGUGUGGAUGGCACCACCAAGAACACGCUGGAGUACGAGAUCGUGCAGGUGGUGGACACUGGCCCCAUCCUCCGGGACAUGGCUUUCUCCGUGGAUCACGAACACCUCUACAUCAUGUCUGAGAAGCAGCUCACCAGGGUGCCCGUGGAGUCGUGCAGCCAGUACGAGACCUGCAGCGAGUGCCUGGGCUCGGGGGACCCCCACUGCGGAUGGUGUGUGCUUCACAACACCUGCACGAGGAAGGAGCGGUGCGAGCGCUCCAGCGAGCCGCGCAGAUUCGCCUCGGAGAUGAAGCAGUGCGUCCGCCUCACCGUGCACCCCAACAACAUCUCCGUCUCCCAGUACAACGUUCUGCUGGUCUUGGAGACCUACAACGUCCCCGAGCUGUCAGCAGGAGUCAACUGCACCUUCGAGGACCUCUCGGAGAUGGAUGGGUUGGUGGUGGGCAGCCAGAUCCAGUGCAUCUCUCCAGCUGCCAAGGAGGUGCCCCAGAUCAUCACAGAGAAUGGUGACCAUCACAUUGUCCAGCUUCAGCUCAAGUCCAAGGAAACGGGGAUGACCUUUGCCAGCACCAGCUUCGUCUUCUACAACUGCAGCGUCCACAACUCGUGCCUGUCGUGCGUGGAGAGCCCUUACCGCUGCCACUGGUGCAAGUACCGCCACGUCUGCACCCACGACCCCAGCUCCUGCUCCUUCCAGGAGGGACGAGUCAAGAUGCCCGAGGACUGUCCCCAGCUGCUGCAGGCUGAGAAGAUCCUGGUGCCCGUGGAGGUGAUCAAACCCAUCACGCUGAAGGCCAAGAACCUGCCCCAGCCACAGUCGGGCCAGCGGGGCUACGAGUGCAUCCUGAACAUCCAGGGCAGCGAGCAGAGGGUGCCGGCCUUGAGGUUCAACAGCUCCAGCGUGCAGUGCCAGAACACCUCGUACUCGUACGAAGGGAUGGAGAUUAACAGCCUGCCAGUGGAGCUGACAGUCGUGUGGAACGGGAAUUUCAACAUUGACAACCCGGCACAGAACAAAGUUCACCUCUACAAGUGUGGGGCCAUGCGGGACAGCUGCGGACUCUGCCUGAAAGCCGACCCCGACUUCGAGUGUGGCUGGUGCCAGGGACAGAACCAGUGCACGCUGAAGCAGCACUGCCCAGCCCAGGACAGCCAGUGGCUGGAGCUGUCCAGCACCAAGGGCAAGUGCACCAACCCCAAGAUCACGGAUAUCAACCCCGUGACGGGUCCCCGGGAGGGCGGGACCAAAGUGACCAUCCGUGGGGAGAACCUGGGGCUGGAAUUCCGGGAUAUCGCAUCCCACGUCAAAGUGGCCGGUGUGGAGUGCAAGCCGCUGGUGGAAGGGUACAUCCCAGCAGAGCAGAUCGUGUGUGAGAUGGGGGAGGCCAAGCCCAGCCAGCACGCCGGAUUUGUGGAAAUCUGCGUGGCCGAGUGUAAGCCAGAGUUCAUGGCCAGGUCUUCUCAGCUCUACUACUUCAUGACUCUGACCCUCUCUGACCUGAAGCCAAAGCGAGGACCAGUGUCGGGUGGCACCCAGGUGACAAUCACAGGCAACAACCUCAACGCUGGCAGCAACGUCAUUGUGACCUUUGGGCGACAGCCCUGCCUCUUCUACAGGAGAUCCACCAAGCACAUUGUCUGUAACACCACGGCCUCCUAUGAAGGCUUUGAGAAGGUGAAGGUGUCCGUGAGAGUGGACAAGGCCAAGAUCCACCAGGAGCUUCACUAUGAGUAUGUAGAGGAUCCCACCAUCCUGAGGAUCGAGCCUGAGUGGAGCAUCUUCAGUGGCAACACUCCCAUUGCCGUGUGGGGAACUCACCUGGACCUCAUCCAAAACCCUCAGAUCCGGGCAAAGCACGGUGGAAAGGAGCACGUCAAUAACUGUGAGGUGCAGAACAGCACAGAGAUGACCUGCCAGGCCCCAGCACUGGCUGUGGACCCCAAUCACCAGUCUGAGCUCGCUGAGCGCCCGGAGGAGUUUGGCUUCAUCCUUGACAAUGUGCAGUCCCUGCUGAUCCUCAACAAAACCAACUUCACCUACUACCCCAACCCUAUCUUUGAGGUUUUCAAUCCCUCAGGGAUCCUGGAGUUGAAGCCUGGAAGUCCCAUCAUCCUGAAGGGCAGGAAUCUGAUCCCACCGGUGGCAGGAGGCAAUGCCAAGCUGAACUACACCGUUCUGGUGGGUGAGAAGCCCUGUGCAGUGACCGUGUCAGACGUGCAGCUCCUCUGCGAGUCCCCAAACCUCACUGGGAGGCACAAGGUGAUGGCUCGUGUAGGAGGGAUGGAGUUCUCUCCAGGGAUGGUCUACAUCUCCCCAGACAGCCCUCUCAGCUUGCCAGCCAUCGUCAGCAUUGCGGUGGCCGGCGGGCUGCUCAUCAUCUUCAUCGUGGCCGUGCUGAUCGCCUACAAGCGCAAGUCCAGGGAGAGCGACCUCACCCUCAAGCGCCUGCAGAUGCAGAUGGACAACCUGGAGUCCAGGGUGGCCCUGGAGUGCAAAGAAGCCUUUGCAGAGCUGCAGACAGAUAUCCAUGAGCUGACGAGUGACCUGGAUGGAGCUGGGAUCCCUUUCCUUGACUACCGAACCUACACGAUGAGAGUGCUUUUCCCUGGCAUUGAGGAUCAUCCAGUCCUGAGGGAUUUGGAGGUCCCUGGCUACCGGCAGGAACGGGUGGAGAAGGGCCUGAAGCUCUUUGCCCAGCUCAUCAACAACAAGGUUUUCCUGCUGUCCUUCAUCCGCACGCUGGAGUCGCAGCGCAGCUUCUCCAUGCGGGACCGCGGCAACGUGGCCUCGCUGAUCAUGACGGUGCUGCAGAGCAAGCUGGAGUACGCCACCGACGUCCUCAAACAGCUCCUGGCCGACCUCAUCGACAAAAACCUGGAGAGCAAGAACCACCCCAAGCUGCUGCUCCGUAGGACAGAAUCUGUGGCUGAGAAAAUGCUCACCAACUGGUUCACCUUCCUCCUCUACAAGUUCCUCAAGGAGUGUGCUGGAGAGCCUCUCUUCUCCCUUUUCUGUGCCAUCAAGCAGCAGAUGGAGAAGGGUCCCAUCGACUCCAUCACUGGGGAGGCCCGGUACUCACUGAGCGAGGACAAGCUCAUCCGACAGCAGAUCGACUACAAGACCCUGGUGCUGAGCUGUGUGAACCCCGACAACGUGAACAGCCCCGAGAUCCCGGUGAAGAUCCUCAACUGCGACACCAUCACUCAGGUCAAGGAGAAGAUCCUCGAUGCCAUCUUCAAGAACGUGCCCUGCUCCCACCGGCCCAAAGCUGCUGACAUGGACCUGGAGUGGCGGCAGGCGAGCGGGGCGAGGAUGAUCCUUCAGGAUGAGGACAUCACCACCAAGAUAGAGAACGACUGGAAGAGACUCAACACGCUGGCACACUACCAGGUCCCAGAUGGAUCUGUGGUAGCUUUGGUAUCCAAGCAAGUCACUGCCUACAACGCAGUCAACAACUCCACGGUGUCCCGGACAUCAGCCAGCAAGUAUGAAAACAUGAUCCGCUACACGGGCAGCCCCGACAGCCUCCGCUCGCGCACCCCCAUGAUCACCCCUGACCUGGAGAGCGGCGUCAAGAUGUGGCACCUGGUCAAGAACCAUGAGCAUGGAGACCAAAAAGAGGGUGACCGAGGCAGCAAGAUGGUUUCUGAGAUCUACCUGACCAGGUUACUGGCCACCAAGGGCACCCUCCAGAAAUUCGUGGACGAUCUCUUUGAGACCAUUUUCAGCACCGCUCACCGUGGCAGUGCCCUCCCCCUGGCCAUCAAGUACAUGUUUGAUUUCCUGGAUGAGCAGGCAGACAAGCACAACAUCCACGACCCCCACGUGAGGCACACCUGGAAGAGCAACUGCCUCCCCUUGCGCUUCUGGGUUAACAUGAUCAAGAACCCACAGUUCGUCUUUGACAUCCACAAAAACAGCAUCACAGAUGCCUGCCUGUCCGUGGUGGCUCAGACCUUCAUGGACUCCUGCUCCACCUCAGAGCACCGGCUGGGCAAAGACUCCCCCUCCAACAAGCUCCUCUACGCCAAGGACAUCCCCAGCUACAAGAACUGGGUGGAAAGGUACUACUCAGACAUCGGCAAGAUGCCAGCAAUCAGCGACCAGGACAUGAACGCUUACCUGGCUGAGCAGUCCCGCAUGCACAUGAACGAGUUCAACACCAUGAGUGCGCUCUCCGAGAUCUACUCCUACGUGGGCAAGUACAGCGAGGAGAUUCUCGGAGCCCUCGAUCAAGACGACCAGGCUGGGAAACAGAAACUAGCCUACAAACUUGAACAAGUCAUAACCCUCAUGAGCAUAGACAGCUGAGAACUGUCCUGCCAGGGACACCCUGGGAGGGAUAAACCAAGUCGUGCCUCACUCAAGAUCAUCAUCUUUACCAAGUGCAAGUUUUGAUGGGCUGUAAGCAGAGUCACCCGAACAGCGCUCCUCUCUCUCUCUCCCUCUCUCCCCCUCUCUCUCUUUCUCUCUUUUCCUUCUCUUCCCAAAUCUAUGGACAAAGCGACAGAGCCCCGGGGUUCAAAGAAAAGACUGCAGAGGAAUCUUGGCUCUGGGGUCGUGAAGACAUUCGGAUGGAGCUCUCCUUUUCACAGCUUCCCCUCUGCCUUUUGCCCUAGAGAGAAACUAUUGAACACACGCAAAAACCCCACCAACCCUCCCCCAGCAUCACGUCCUCGCUCUGCAGAGGUGAAACUGGGAGGAAACUUCUGUCAUGCUGCUUUAACUGCCCUCCGAGGGCUGUAGCCUCUGGAGCGGACAUGGAAACGAACUCAGUAUUACUCAAGUGUCCCCGAGGGGAAGGCAGCCUGCCUGCAGGGCUCCUGGAGGGCAGAGCCAGCCCAGCUCCUCUCCUGCAGAGCCGCUGCAGUUCUGUCUCUUGAUAGUGACCCACUGGGAGAGGAGCCUCGAGGCUCCCUGAGAAAUGCCACAGCUCCGUCCAGAGCAGGACCGCUGUGGCUCAUCCUGCCCGGGCAAUCAGCUGCUCUCCUGGGGCAGGGAAAGGGUCAAGAGGGGACGAGGAGACCGGCGCUCCCCUGCCCACGUGUUUCAUAUGGUUCUUCUUAUUUUUCCAAGAGCCGCGUGUCCCCCUCCGUCUUUCCCGUCGUGUCCUGUUGGUCGUAGCCCUGCAGCAAAGCGCUCUCUCUGCUCGGUGGCAUCCAUCCGUGGUGGUGGUUCUGCUCCUCCUGGCAGUGGACAGCACAGCAUCAUCCCCCUCGUUCCCACCUUGGCUUGGAAAGCAGGAGCCACAGGCCUCGGUUUGUUCCAGGCAAGGAGCUCAGCCUCGAAAGAAGAACCAGAAGGGUUUUUUUAAUUUUAUUUUUUUUUAAGCUGUUCUUUCCAUUUUGUUUCCUCGACUGGAACACAGCUGUUGUUUUCCCACAGUGGAAUAUCAGAGGGUUAGUGAAAUGCUUGCUGUGAAGAGAGGUGGUGCACGGGGCUGAUGGUAAAGCCUUCCUUCCAAGCCACUCCUAUGAGGAAAUGUCACCACACAUUUUGGAAGGAAAUCUUGGAGGAAAUCCAAAUGAAACACUGCAAAAAAAUUCUACCUAGAUCCCCCCAGCCAAACUGCCUGUCUUCUGGAGGUCUCUGAACUGCUGUGAGCCCAUCUGCCUUUUGGUGCCAACUCCUGUCCUUUCCUCUUCUCCACUUCUGGAACCAACAGGCCUUGCUGAAGGCACAAUUGCUGCCUGGGAAGGAUUUUAUCUCUCUUUGCACUUCUUAUCCCUUCAGGGAUCACUGUUACCGUGGGACAAUUGUGGGGGAUCACCCUCCCUGUCCCAUCCUCUGCUCAGCUUCUCCAGAACAUCUCAACUUGUUUCAUGGCCAACCAAAGGGGAGUGAGCUCCUGCAUCUCUUCUGCCUUCAGCUGUUCCAUUCGCACGGCUGCCAGCCCAGAUAACACCAUGAUUAGAGACUCCUGGGGAGUGGAGAACCUUCUUUGUACACCAGGGAGGCAAGAUCU